CUCGCUAUCAAGGUCACAUUGUACUCGGCUUAAACCAGCUUGACAGCAGAUAGGUCACAGAUAGCCGCAUUGUAUUGCAUGAAGUGUCGUGACGUAGAUAGCUGGUUAAUCUUUCUGGAAAUUACAACUGUUCAAGUACCUGAUGCAAUCUGUUGAGUUGAUGUGUAUAUACCCGUCUUCAUUAGCCCACUCGGUGCAGAACAUUAGGGCGUUAAACAUACAGCUCACAAAAACUGAUAGAUGUUCAUAUAUAAUUAAUGUUGUGAUUGUUGAUGAUCUACAUUUAUAAACAUGAUUAACAUGUGGGAUAUUGUAUCAGUAUUUAAUGAUGUUACAACAAUUUUAGUGGCGCUUGUUGUCUUAUUAGUGAUUGGAUAUGUCAUCUUAAUGCAGGAACGAUCUGGAAUACCUCCUGGACCACCAUUUUGGCCAGUUGUGGGAAAUAUGUUGGAUAUGCGAGACAAAUUCGCUGGCAAGAGACAUAAAUAUUAUGCAGAACUUCAAGCAAAAUAUGGAGAUAUUUUUCGAAUAUAUUUCGGCGACCAGUUGUUGAUAGUUUUAAACGAUUUCGAAUCUAUAGAAGAGGCUUUUGUUAAGCAGAAGGAUCUCUUCAGUACUAGACCAGUAAAGAAGUUAUGGGUUGUGAAGCAGGUCAGCAAAAUAGGAGAUGGGGUCAUCUGGGCGAGUGGACAGGGAUGGAAAGAUGCGAGAAGAAUGGCAAUUCGUAGUCUUCGUGAUCUAGGAGUCGGCAAAUCGACCCUCGAGGAAAGGAUCAAGGAAGAAAUUCACAUCGUUUUGGACAGUUUCACUAAAUCUGAAGGAAAACCAAUCAAAGUCCAUGAAAUCAUGAUGAAAGCAACAACCAAUAUCAUCAGUACAGUUGUUUUUGGUAAACGAUAUGAUUACGGCGACCCCGAAUUUAUUCAGAUCAUUAAGAUUUUAAAAGAUGCAUUUACUGAUAUGGCGUUGUUUACACCCGUUCAACGUUUUCCUAUGCUUCGUUUCAUUCCUUUCAUAGCUUCUAAAAUGUUGGCGGCGGGUAAUGCCAUUCUGGAAGUAGAACAGUUCAUUGCCAAUCGUAUUGAGAAACGUAAAAAGGUUUUCGACAAAAAUGAUAUUAAGGAUUUUAUCGAUGUGUACCUAGAUACGUGUGUCAACAACGAGUCCAGUGCCAUCACAGAUGGCAACAUAAGAAGAGUCAUUUUGGAUUUGUAUUUUGCUGGUUCUGACACUACAUCCACCACUCUCGAUUGGGCAGUGCUGUUUAUGGUCCUUCAUCCGGAAGUCCAGAAGAAAUGCCAAGAGGAAAUCGAUAGUGUGGUCGGUGAUGGUCGUAUGGUAAACUGGUCUGAUAAAUCUAAAAUGUCGUAUAACGAAGCGACACUUCUCGAAGUUCAACGUUUAGGAAACGCGGUACCUAUGUCACUACCUCACACCACGGACAAAGAUACAAUAGUUAAAGGAUAUCUUAUCCCAGAAGGUUCUUUGGUUUUUGCAAAUCUGUACGCCUGUCAUCUUGAUUCAAGAUAUUGGAAAGAACCCUUGAAAUUUAAACCAGAACGGUUCUUGGAUGAUUCAGGAAAAGUAUCCAAACAACCUAUGGCAUUUAUACCGUUUUCCAUAGGCCCACGGAUUUGUGCAGGUGAACCACUGGCUAGAAUGGAACUAUUUCUAUUCUUCACCAAUAUCUUACAGAGGUUUUCUGUUUCGACUCCCGGCAGUCAGAAACCCAGUACAGAUGGGGUCUGUGGAGUGAGCAUGUCGACACCAGAAUAUACUAUCCAGGCCACACCUAGAUAAAUUUUAUGUCAAUUCAACAAAAAUAAUUGGUUGGCUUAGUUUUUUUUUUCUUUUUUUAUACGCCCACAUGUUCAUGUAGUCAUAUGGUGUGUUUUGUUUUGCCCCUGCCCCUGUUUGCAUACAUGCACACGUAUGUUUGAAGUUGUUCGCCUAAUUUCAGACGUAGUUGGUCCUGCAAUCUAGAUGGUCAACUUUGAUUUAAUGUUAACUGUUUUUGAUCAUAUAAUCGGGAAUAGGUAGUUUUAGGUUAAGAUGGUAUAAAUCAAUUAUUAGGGUUAUUGAGAGCUUGAUUAAAGGGGUGCAAAGGUUGGAACAAGUUACGGGACCUUUGUGUAUACUUUUGUGUAUGAAAUAAAUAUAUUAUUUAGUA